CUUAAAGAAAGAGAAGAAGAAGAUUAGCAGAUUUAGAUUGAAAUUAGAGUUAUGGAAAAAUUAAGAUCCCCUCAUUAUGUUUACCAAACUAAGAAAUAGAGGUUAAAAGUUGAACCCAAUUUAGAGGUAGAUUUUAGCAUAAACCUAACAUAAAAACUUUGAUUUGAGAGGAAGGAGAAAGCAUAGAGUUUGUUAAUGGCCAUGAAAAUCGUAUUCGCCCUUUUGACUUUUGUAACUGUUGGAAUGAUCAUAGGUGCUCUCUUUCAAUUAGCAUUCAUCUCCAAGUUGGAAAACUCCUAUGGCACCAAGUUUCCAUCAUUUACAAGAGUCCGUAAAAAUCAAAAUGAUGCCUGUCUUCAGUUUCCCAGAGGUAUACCUCAAUGGGAAAAUGACAAAGAAGCAGAGAUUUUACGCAUUGGACUUGUCAAACCUGAAAUUAUUAGUUGGUCGCCGCGAAUAAUUGUAUUACACAACUUUUUGAGCAUGGAGGAAUGUGAUUAUCUCAGAGCCAUAGCCAUCCCUCGCCUUGCAGUUUCCUCAGUGGUGGAUGCAAAGACGGGGAAGGGAGUAAAGAGUAAUGUGAGGACUAGCUCUGGCAUGUUUCUGAGAUCCGAAGAGAGAAAGUAUCCUAUGGUACAGGCAAUUGAGAAAAGGAUAUCAGUGUAUUCCCAAGUCCCAAUAGAAAACGGUGAGCUCAUCCAAGUUUUAAGGUAUGAAAAGACUCAGUUUUACAAGCCCCAUCAUGACUACUUUUCUGACACUUUUAACUUGAAGCGUGGGGGUCAACGUAUUGCAACAAUACUGAUGUAUUUAAGUGACAAUGUUGAAGGAGGAGAAACAUAUUUUCCUAUGGCUGGUUCGGGUGAAUGCAGUUGCGGUGGGAAGGUUGUAAAAGGGAUGUCCGUAAAGCCAAACAAAGGAGAUGCUGUGCUUUUCUGGAGCAUGGGGCUAGAUGGACAGUUGGAUCCCAAAAGCUUACAUGGAGGUUGUGACGUUCUGGCGGGGGAGAAGUGGUCGGCUACAAAAUGGAUGAGGCAAAGAGCUACCUCUUGACUUGUAUACAAUUUCUUAGCUUAGAAAAAUGUCAAAAGGGUGCUCCAUUUUACACACAUUAUCUUAUAAUACAUAUACUUAUAAAAUAUUAGAGAUUCAUAAAUGAGGAAAUCAUACUAUAUAUCUCAUUUUUCAAGUCA